AGGGUCGUGUGGACAGUAUUGGGACGUUAAAAAGGUUUUGUUUAGGAGAACCAGGCAUUUCUAAAGUAAACCAACCAAUAGAUACAUCUACACAGUGGUUUACGGUAAUUCAUCCCAUGAUUCUUUUCUGCCAAACGCUAUGCUUUGUUUCUAUCAACAUAAACACCAAAGAUAACACAACGCCAUUAUUUGUUUGAGGUAGAAAUAAACAUCUAUAUUAAGACAUUAACAGAGCUGUCGGGUCGAAGGGCGAGUAUUUAUAUCUUUAAAGUGUCCCGUGAAAGAUGGACAUCAUGCAUACCGCCGACUUUCAGACGCAGUUAACAUCCAUAAUGGAAACGUUAGCGAAAACGGCUGUUGUGGAAAUAAGCAAACUUUUGAAGGAGAACGCAUCCUUCCUGCGACUAGAGAUUUCGCGAUGUACAAGCGAAAAUGUAUCUCUGAGAAAGAAAUGUCAUUUUUUGGAGAAUGAACUUCAAUGUGCGCGAAAAGGCUCUGGAAAGAUGAACGGGACAGAAGCUCUAUCCUGCCAUCCGGGACUUACAGACACUGGACAUCGUCCCGCAAUUGACAAUGUCUUCGGGAAGGAAUGGUGCAUGAAUCUCUGGAGACACGAGGAGUCACAUGUCGGUGAGCAGGAGGACACACAUCUGGACUCUACAGUCAUCAUAGGAGAGCCAGUAAACCUGCUGGAAGAAGAAUCGGACAUGGUCAUGAUCAAAGAGGAGGCAUUUGAUGAUUGCUCUUCGGGAAGAAAUGAGGAAGACCAAGAUACUGUAAAAGAAUCCAAUAUACAAGUGGAUGGAAUGCCUAAUGAGAUGACGCUCACUCCAUUAUCAUCAAACGAGUCCCUUCAUGAACAGCCCUUCAUUCCUUCCUUCAUCAAAUCCAACUGGGUUAGAAGUUUCCAGGUUCCCUGGGACCGCAUGCCAGCAGCUCUCAUUCAGGCAACAUCCACUGGAGAGAGGGCUCGACCAGGACCGAGAAGGGAGUUUGUUAGGAUCGUUGUAGCGGCCAUGCAAGCCCACUGUCCAAACCCAAACUUAGCCGCCUGUGGAGAGGUGGCUCGAAACAUCGUGUCUACAUAUCCGCUGACAUUCGGAGACAUUUCAGAGGAAGGAGAACAACUAGGAAAUGGCUUCAGUUGCUUACAAAGGCAACUUAAAACUAGGGUAGAACAUGUGAAUAGAGAUGUUUUGGAACACAGGAUUCGUCGACCUAGAAGACCAUCAAUGAAAAGAGCUGGAGAACAGGACAGCUACACUAUGAAAAGAGCCAGAUGUAAAGUGGACAGUUACGGAUGCAUCAAUUGGCAGCCUUCCUCCAUCCCAGAAGGAGAGACGGCAGAAUCUCUUGAAAUGAAGAGGAAGGUUGCGGCUGAGAUUUUUCAGUCAGCAGGCCCAAAGGCUGCCGAGUUGCCCAACGUAGAUGACUUAAUGCAGCAGACAUAUGUUUACCAGCGCCACAUGAUCAACUCAUGCCCCCCUCCUACCAUCAGUGAGAUUGAGGGGCAUUGGCCGUUCCUGUUCACUGAAAGAGGCCUUUGCAGGCACUUCAAAAUCCUGACUGGCAUUGACAUCAGAAGCCGCUUUAACGAAACACUUAUUGAUAAAUCCAAGAGAAUACUCAACUACUUCAGCAGACAGAGACUGAAGUGGAGUGAAGAGAUCCAGAGUAUGCUAAGUGAGAUUGAAGACGCCAAUGCAACAGAUAAUAACAGGAUAGCCAUAUCAGCCAUCCUGUUAAUGAUGAAGUACUUUAAGGAAAAGGACAAUGCUGUCUUCAUCUUAGCAGAUGAAACGUCUACCAAGAUGUCCAUCGAAAAUGAAAUUAGCUUACCAGCAACACCCCGGCUCAUCAUGCUUGGUGAGACUUUGCUGACGUCGUCCAAGUGGUUUGUCAGUAUUGAGGGUAGAGUAACACAUUCUAUAGAAGACAAGCUGGACUUUGCAGAGGCAUUGUCUGUGUUUUUUGGGUGCUUCUAUGUGUUUAAUAUCGAGUAUCAGGAGUCAGCCAGUGCCACCCUGGAGCUCAUUCAGAGGUUCUUCGUAAGGAUUAAUCCUGAGGGGACUAAAUGUACCUCAAAAUCAGGUACAAGCCGAAGGACGGGUUCAGCUGUCCAAAGGAAACCUCAGAACUUUAAUACCCGUGUGGCUACGUUUAUGCAGAGGCUUUCAGAAUUCGAGUGGAAAACAUCCAGUUAAGUUAGUGCAAGUCGUUUUAUGAAGUUGAAAAAAAAUAUAUAAUGGCAUUUUUAAGUGAAACUUGUCUUUUUUUAUUGAAGGUGUGUGAUUAUUAAAUACUUAAAUGUAACUAUGGGAGAUAUGAGGGGUGUUCUAAGAGUAACAGUGGCUUUAAUCAUAAAAAAAAAGAAAAGAUUUUCAGGAUUGUCUUCAUCCUGGCCCUGCACUGAAUACUACUACUACAAUGGGUUAAUACUUAAGUGAAUUUUUUUUACCUUGUUAAUACUUGUACUUUUUUAUUUGAUUGUUGCUGGAAUGUUUGUAUUAUAAAUAUUUUAUUACGUUCAUUUAGAUCAUCCAACAAUAAAAUAAUCAACUGUGUUUUUAUAAUAUGAUUAAUAAGUAUAAUUGAUAACAGAUCAAGUAGAUUACAGCAGACGUGUUGUGUGUUUUUGAACUGUAUGUAAUUGAAACAGUACUGUAAUUAGCUGCUGGUAAAAAUCUAGAAGUACUUUGAAUGAUCAAGUACAAUUACAUGUACAGAGACAAACCAAAAAACAAACUUAUGGAAAAUGUUCUGCACAGAGACUCUGCCUAAUUUGUACCAUGAGUUUUUUUUUUUCCUCACUGGAAUUUCAACACGUUUUGUACCACAGAAUGUAGUAAAAGCUGUGCUUAACAAUGUUACAUAGACCACAAGUGCGGCUUCUUGAGGAGAGGCAUAAUAUUUCUUGAAGACUUGAGCUGCUUCCCAAAUGAUGCACUAUACACUCAUACAUGAUAAACUUAUGCACUAUGUACUCAAUCAUGUAGUGUAUGAAUAAUGAGGUCAUUUUGUCAUUCAUAAUCAAAGUCUGAUAGCCCCUGUUCUCUACGUAAUUAAAGGAAUACUUCACCCCAAAAUUACAUUUUUGUCAUUAAUCACGUUCCCCCAUGUCGUUCUAAUCCUGUAAAAGCUUUGUUCAUCUUGGGAACACAAUUUAAGAUAUUUUGGAUGAAAACCGGGAGGCUUGAGACUGUAAAUUACUCUGUCAAAGUCCAGAAAAGUAUGAAAGACAUCAGAAUAGUUUAUCUGCCAUCAUUUGUUCGACCGUAACAUUAUAAAGAGAUGAGAAUAUGAUUUGUACACAAAGAAAACAAACGUAACUACUUUAAUCAACAAUUCCUUAAAUUGUGUUCUGAAGACGAACUAAGCUUUUACUGGUUGGGAACGACAUGGGGAUAAGGGAUUAAUGACAAAAAUUUCAUUUUGGGGUGGAGUAACCCAUUAAAGCUGCGACAGUUGAGUGCAUGAAGUGUCCAACAUUCCACACAACAUUCUCGUUUUUUGUUUAUGUGCAUCAUUUGGGUAUUUAAAAUUAACUUCUUUUUGGAAUGUUCAGUGUGAACAGACUAAUCCACUAUUUAUACUACAAAAAUUAUAAAUAGAAUGGUGCAUAAGUACACAAUUUGGGAUGCACCUUUGAACUUAAAAUUUGCCUGACAGAUGAUAAAUUGGGUGGAAGAGCCUUACACACUUACCUUACCUUAAGGUUGACUUCUUUUAAGCAGACCAGAGAGCAAAUACAGAAAACCCCUGAAGAAAAAGAAUAUAUGUGGAUAAACCUGUGUUGCUUGCUCACUCUGAAUAUUCAUGUAAAAUUCCAAUUGAACACACAUAAAUGCACAGGGCCAAGGUGCUAUUGGCCAUUACCGAUUUGGAUACGACCAAUCAAAAUGUGUAAAUCAUGAGUGCUUUCUAUUCGGUGGUUUACGGUAAUUCAUCCCAUGAUCCUAUUCUCCACAAUGCAAGAUAUGCUAUGAUUCUAUCCUCGGAAAUAAACUGCAUACAGUGUUGAGAAUAUAAAAGCAGCUCUACGCAGAGACUAUAGCGGUAACUGUAGGUCCGAAGGACGGGUGUGUACAAUAAACAUCACUAAUAAAUGGUGCCGUGAGCAAGGGACAUCAUGAAUACUGUCGAUUUUCAGACGCAGUUAACAUCCAUAAUGGACAUGUUGGCAAAAACAGCUGUUGUUGAAAUAGGCAAACUUUUCGAGGAGAAUUCUUUGCUGCUGCGAUUAGAGAUUUCACGCUGUACAAACGAAAAUGAAUCUCUGAAAAAGAAAUGUCAUUUUUUGGAGAAUGAACUUCAGUGUGCGCGGAAAGGCGCUGGAAAGAUGAACGGGACAGAAGCUCCAUUUAGCCAUCUGGGACAUACAGAGGCCAGACGUCGUCCUGCAAUUGACAAUGUCUUCGGGAAGGAAUGGUGCAUGAACCUCUGGAGACACGAGGAGUCAAAUGUUGGUGAGCAGGAGGACACACAUCUGGACUCUUCAGUCCACACAGAUGAGGCAGUAGAUUUGCUGGACGAAGAACCAGAUAUGAUCAUGAUCAAGGAGGAGACAUUUGAAGAUUGCUCUGGGAAAAAUAACCCUGAGGAAGAUGAAAGUUGCAGUUUGAGAGGACCUGCAAUGACCAGUGAUGAGAGAUGUGUCACCCAAAGCUCUGAUGAUUUUAUCUCAUACAUGGUACCUUCAGAUGACCAAGUGCAUUCAAACGUACACCAGACACAAGCUGAAGAACAAGCUCUUGAUGGAAUGAGCUCUACACAAAGAGACCGCACAACAGAGCAGACUUUCCACAGUACACACAACCACACAAGUAUUUCAGAGGAGAAGAGGUUUGAGUGUGUAUUCUGUCGACGGACCUUCAACAGAUUAACCUACCUGAAAGCACACAUGCGAACACACUCCGGAGAAAAGCCUUAUGUCUGUACAGUGUGCGGUAAAAGAUUUGCUCAAAAAACGUACCUCCGAAUACACCAGCGCACUCAUUCUGGUGAGAGGCCGUACUCGUGCAUGGAGUGUGGAAAGAGCUUUGCUCAAAAGAGCUCUCUAAACGUACACAUCCGAAGCCACACAGGAGAGAAGCCAUAUAGCUGCGCAGAGUGUGGUAAAAGCUACGCAUACAAACAGGGUUUCAAUACACACCAGUGCUUCAGUUAGACUAGUACAUACUGAAGUGAACCAUUACUGAAUUGUAUCUGUAUCAAAGUUGCUGUUACAGCAGAGUGUGCAUUAGUCUGCAAUAUGAACCAUUAACAAGUUGCAAACAUGUCCAUGUUUUUUUAUUAAUUAAGUUUUUUACAGAAAUGUAAGUCCUUUGACAGUGUUUGGAAAUGUGUUUUUCUGUGCAUUGACUUGAACUUCAUUUAGGACCAUCUAGAUGUGAAUAUUCAUUUGAAAAGAGGGAUAAACAAACAUGCUUGAAUAAACUUGACAAAGUGAGUGAACUCA